UUUAAGCCUGCAUGUUCUCCUUUUCUCAUUCCUGUAUAUACCUUCGAAGGUGAUAAGUCAAUUGGAGAUAGUUAACGAACAAGAUGAUGGCUCUAAAACCUGUAUUUGCCGCAUUUCUAGUGUUUAACUCAUUGUCUGCUAUUGUUGCCGGUAUGACCCACAAAUGUCAGGACGAGAAAAAUCGCUUGAUUUUUGAAGGAAGAUGCUACUGGAUAAUAUUUGGCACUGUGACGACAGACGAGGCUUCCCAAAAAUGUCUGUUCGAGAAUGCAAUUCCAGCUAACAUUUACAGCUCAACACAUUUUCUCGAGGUCCUGAAGUACUUGUGUUCUAUGUCCACCACCGAACACUUUGCACUUGGAAUGCGAUAUGAUAAAAACACUGGUGUAGUGACCAAUUACGAUGGCUCUCGAGCAAAAUUUGUUAAAUGGUCUCAAGACGAACCAAAGCCUUACAGAGGUGUAGCGGUUAACUUAGCACAUUCAGAUCCAUAUGAUUUAUCAAAUGGAAUGCAUACAUGGAAUAAAGAAGCUGGAGUUUUAUGUGAAACUGGAGAUCUUAGCUGCCCUGAUCUUGAAUUCAGUCAACAAAAUGGUAAAUUAGAAUGCUCAACGGGCAACAUGUACAACUCGAUAUGCACACUAUCCUGUGAUCCUGGAUAUUCACUGUUCGGUUCUACAAACAUAAUCUGCCAAGGAGAUUUGACAUGGAGUGGUGCACUACCAACAUGUCAGCCUGAUUGUCCUAAACUUGAUGUCACAAAUCCCUUCCAAUCAAUUGAAUGUACUGAAGGAUAUAAACUUGAAUCUACAUGCACACUUACAUGCGGCGUUGGGAGCUCUCCGGGGAACGAGGCUACUUUAACAUGUAACAACGGGGGAAUUUGGUCCUCCGUACAACCUGUUUGCAAAGUAGAUGUAGUUUGCCAAGAAAUUGACUUUAGCGGAAAGUCCGGAACAAUGCUGUGUACGGAUGGAGCUAGCAUUGGGAGCGAGUGCGCAUUUUCCUGCAACGGUAACAACAUCCGUAAAGGACCUUCGAAAAUAAUAUGUCUUCCUAAUGGUGAAUGGUCCAAUACUCCUCCUGUAUGCAAAGAUGUUGAAUGUCGACCUAUCGACUUUAAAGAUGAAAACGGACAUAUGUUAUGUACUGAUGGUUUCAAUUACGGAAGUACAUGCUCGUUUGAAUGUGACUCUGAACUCAAAUUAUGGGGUGCAAAACAAGUGGCGUGUUUGUGGAAUGGAAAAUGGACGAAUGACCACCCUACUUGUAGAGAAUUUGAUCCGAGAUGUCCAGCUGUAACAAAUGGUCUUUCCUGCACUAAAGAAUGUGAAAACAAUCAAGACUGCAAUGGCAAAAAUAAAAUUUGCUGCCCAUCGGAAUGCGGAUCAGUUUGCACAGAAGUUAAAAAAGCAAAAGGAUUACCAUUAGAUUUCCUGAAACGACUUUUACUGUUAUCGUUGUUGAGUGGCGGAAACAAUCGUUGCCCACGUUGCUCGGUCAACGCUUGUCUUGUUACAAAAUGUCCAGCAAAUCUCAAUGCAAUAUGCAGAACAAGUUGUAACGGAUGUCGAGCUCAUUUUUAUGAUCCAACGAGCCAAUAUCGUGAAAUUACUAACCAAUGUGGGUGCUCUCGCAACUAUCCUGCAGUAUCUAAAUGUCAUCCAGACCAGUGCAACGGCGAAAGAUGUGGACAUCAACCAUAUUCAAAAUGUCGAGUGAGCAGCUGUGGCCAAUGUCAUCUUCGAUUUUACAAUCAUUAUGGUAAAGAGGUUUGCAGGCAGGCACCCCAAAAUACUCAAAAAGCUGGACACAAACACGGCGAGAACCAUCACCAUCAUAUACAAUAUUAAAAACGUAUACAUUAUAUAUACUGAGAUAUAACGACAUAUGUAAAGUCAUUAAAAUGAUUCGUGAAA